AUGCAGGACGUUUCCGGAGUCGUUGUCGCCAUCCGCUCCCAAAUAGAGACUGCUCUGCCAAACUUGGAGAAAAUGCUGGCGCAGCACAUCCCCAACUUCUACGCCUUCAAGUAUGUUCUCUAUGAUGCUUGGAGUGACAGCGAGGACCCGCUGGAUGGACGUGCAGAGAGCGCUUCUCUGGACAUGCAGAAGACCUGUGAAGAUGCCAUCGCGGUGGGGGCAAGCUGCGGACCAGGCCUGGAUGAGAGCCUCCCGCUGAAGCAGAUGCUUCGAAACGCUACUGCAGUCCUCCGGCACCUGGCCGACGGGAACGUGAGUGAAGCUGCCUCCCUGCUUCCCUUUGUGUACUCGGAGGUAGCAGCGGUCUCCUCCAUGAUGAGUGACCACGGCGCGUCACAGAGCAGCACGGCCGAGGCUAUCAAAGAUGGGGCGGCGUAUGGCACGACCCUCCUUGCCAAGUUUACCUACAACGUCCCUAUGGCGCUGCUUGACACGCUCUCGUCAGCCUCAUCUGUGCUGGGCCAGGCGGUCGUCUUUAUAACGGCGCUCUUCUACCUUCUGUCAGCCAAGGAGUCCUGCCUGGCAGUUGUGGGGGAGUUCCUGAAGGUGGUGGACCAGAAGCAGGUCAUCUUCCGCAUAAGCGAGCGAGUCAUGCGAGCGGUUCUGGUCUCGGCCAUGAAGAUGUCAGCGUUCCAUGCUCUUUUUACUUGGCUGCUGUAUUCCUUCGGUAAUCUACCUGUUGUGGUCGUCCCAACUGUGCUCUCUGCUGUCCUGGCGUUAGUGCCAAAGGUAUCGCCAGUUUGGAGUGUGUCGGUUUGGGCGGCCGUGUAUCUUUGGUGGCAGGGUGAAAAGGCCUGGGCAAUUGUGUACGGCGCCCUGAACUUUGCCGUAUGGUUCCAGGUUCCGACGGUCAUUUACGCUGAGAUUCCUGAGUCUAACGCCUGGCUCACGGGCCUUGGCGUAGUGCUGGGAGUCGGCCAGUUUGGCCUUGCCGGGGUUGUCCUCGGCCCAUUGCUGGCUUCGGUUCCUUUGAUUUGCUUCAACCUUGUGAAAUUGUUUAACACUGACAAGUUGCAGUGGCGGGCGUCUGAGGAAGACCUCCGCCAGCCCAAGUCGCGAAGGCUUGGCGAGGUCCGCAACGGCUUCGCCUCUGUACAGCGCCCUUCGCUACUCACGCUUCACCAGACGUGCCUGCAGAGCCCUCCAUCCAGCGACAGUGAGGAUCCCAAUUCUCCCACCAGCGCGUCGGCCUUUGAUGGGCUGACAGAAGCUACGCAGGAUGACGAUCUGCGGCAGGGAGUCCGACAGACCUCGCAAGACUCUGCGAAGGACUCGCCAAGGUCACCAACACCAACGCGCGGGCAGUCUGGACAGUCGUCAUCGCCUGAGCAGGAGGCUCCCAGCAGUGCUGCGAAGUCCUCCGAGGCGACACCUCCCCUCAGAAACAGAAGGAGGCGGGCAUCUUGA